AUGGUGGGCAGUACCUACGAUGUCGUGGUACUGAGCUCGAGUCCCCCGGCGGCUUCCCCGCAACGCGGUGCCCCCCCACGUCGCGUCGCAAUACCCGCAUCCUCGCCCCUCUCCUUCUCUCCCGCUACCAGCCCACGAAUAGCGACAGCCGGCGCGUCGACAACCAACCCGAGGGCGGCCCCCAUCCCUGAGGGCGCUGUCAGGGGAUUCGCCACCGUUGGCAGCCUCAUCCGAUCCGAACAUUUCACGAGCCGGUUGGACGACGACUUCGCCGAGAAACCAAAGGCUCAUUCGCGGCGAGGAAGCGAAGAUGUGGGAGAGACUAUAGAAAACGUAGAAAAGACUAGGAAGCGGUCUACCAAAAAGGCUACUUCGGCCACCGACAAGUCUGAAAAGGCCAAAUCCGAACCCAAACCUCGAACGCGCAAAGCAAAACCCAAGUCAGACAAAGAGAUUCUCGACUCCGACGAUGAACUCCGACGUCCAAAACGGCCUACGAAGUCGCCCUUCUUCGAGGAGAAGGCCUCGGAACCCGUAACCGAACCCUCGAAUGAGGGUACGAGUGGGCCGAAGCUCACCAAGUCUGGAAAGCCACGCAAGCCGCAUGCGAAGAAGCAAAAACCAGAAGAGGAAGACGGGGAGCCUGUUGCGAAGCCAAAGAGAACAAGAGUAACAAAGCCAAAGACAACGACUGUCAAGGUUAGCAAGAAACAAUCAGACAACGCACCAGUCGUAUCUGCACAUUUCCAGGCGGGAGCAGACAAGGACGAGGGCUCGACCACUGUGGCCCGACAAAAGUCGAUAGAGACACAAGACAAUGCAGAUGACCAGCCUGCAUCUAUAUGGGAAGUUCCAGAAAGCCCACAGCGGGGGAAGGUUGCCACAUCUAAAAGGCGACAAGCACACCCGAUUGCAGAGGAAUUGGAGCUGGAAGAAGCCUCAGUGCGCAGAAGAGAUUGGACACCGCCUCAUGACACGGCUGUACCUUCGCCGUUCACGGACUCGACAGGAAAAGAAAAUAGAUCAUUGGUACACAAUGCGGAAGGCGCCUUUACAAAUCUGCUCUCCAACUUUGCCUAUGCACAAUCACCGUCAGCUCCAGCAGCUGCAAGGGCAACUAGCUCCGCUGUUGAGAUGAUGGCUGCUACGAAGAGGAGACGAGUUGAGUUAGUAGAGGUACCUGGCAACCAGAACAAUUCCCGUGACUCGUCGCCUGAGAAAGGGAAAGCUCCUAAGAAGAAGCCACGCACCAUUACAGAUCUUGUAACGGGCCAGUAUGGACCCGGAGACAAAGAAUCGGACUCGAAUGCCACAAAAGACAAUUUCUUCGAGCCUCGAAUAUCAACAACAACGGUGCCUUUGAAUGACACACCUGCACAUGAUACCAAUGCACCAACAGAGAAGCCAUCACGCAAGCGCCGCUCUCCAAAGACACAAGCAAGCGAAACCGAGGAAGUUGGAGCAAAGGCAAAAGCCAAGUCCAAGUCAAAGAAGGCAUCGGCCAAAUCAGCCGCUAAACCCAAGCCCAUCGCAGAGAAAUUGCUCAGUCCUGCUGCGGCCAUGUUGCGACUAAACCAACAAGAUGUCCUUUUUGGUACAUCUAGUCAGCUGGCGCUCGAAGAAUCUCCAGCAAUGAUUCGUCAGAUUCAAGUCGCUCUUAAAGAGUCUGAGCGAGAUGCAGAUAACGCUAACAGCUACUCUCUUCUCGCACAACCCAGUUGGCCCAGACUUGGUAAAGUGCAGGGCAAGAAGGGUUUGUGGGCUGCAAGUGCACGGGACGAUGACGGUGGCAUGUUAGAGCAUAUGCAAGACAUGUAUAUUCCCGAACCUGAUCGAACGCAAGACAUUCCAUUGCUCAUGGAUGGCACCCACGACACACCUGAUGAUGUCCGAAACGAGUCUAUUGAACCCUCAUCAUUUAUUGACAUUGAUGAUAUACCUCGGGAUCCUCCUCCAGCAAUCACCGUCUCUUCUGACUUACCAACACCUCCGCGCACAUCUUCACGGGUAUCAGAAACACCCAAGCUAAGUGAAGACAACUACCAAAUGAAAGAUCGAGAGUUUGAAGAUAUUGAUACAUUUGAGCAAGGACUGCCGCCUUCAAAUCAGAAUGCAGAGUCUCAACAUCAGUUCUUCGACAUCGACGAGUUUGACUCGCCACCUUCAGCGCAAGUGCAACAUAGCUCUGUCACAAAACUUCGGCCACCUGUGUCAGCGUCAGUAACAAAAGAUGGAUCACCUAAGAAGCGUGGUAGACAGCCAAAGCAACAUUCUGUCGUACCUAAAGUGUCGGAGUCGAAGACGUCGAUCUCAAAACCAUCAUCCUCGAAAUCCAGAGUGAAAACCAAGGAGAACGCUGCACUCUCAACACCGCCCGGAGGCUCACUUCGAUUCAUCGACAUUGAAGAGAUCCUCGACUCAGAAGACGAUGCCCUCGAAGCAUUUUCUCUGACUCCACCUCGAAUCCGUAAACACGCCGAUUCGGGACCUUUACCCUUGGUCUCACUUUCGCCCACUACAUCGCCCAAGAAGACACGCAUUGGCCCUCCCACAAAAACAAGAGAAGUUCUUCAAUCCGAUGCACAGCUGAUGCGUGUACAUUGCAUAUCCACCGAGCUGCUAGAGUGGGUCAACAUCAAGCCCGAUGUUUUUGCACAAAUCACAACGCAUAUCCGCUCCCUCCCUCCUACCCGCGAUCCUGCAAAUCCAACAUGGCACGAGAAGAUACUCAUGUACGACCCUCUUGUUCUCGAAGACUUCACCAGCUAUCUCAACACCAGCACCAGCAUCUGUGUUUUCAAAAAAGCCACACAGAAACAAGUCAAGGCUUGGAACAAGCAGCGCAAAGCUGAUGGCGAACCGGAACUAGCUGUUGAUAGAGGUGAGGAUGGGAAGGGAGACGGAGAAGAGGUCCUGGCUGUCGAGAAGGAGUUGGAGACCUACAUGGUGCAGGCCUGGUGUGAGAGUCUAAGUGUGUGCUGUGUCUGGGGUGAAGGGCGAGGAAAGAGUGGUGCGAGGAAGGGUCUUUACUAG